CUUCUCUCAAAACACUCCAACACAAACCAUUAAAAACUCAAACAAACUCUUGAGAGAUUUGUUGGGACAAAAAACAUGAAACCUGGAAUGUGUUUACUGUGGCUAACAGUUUCAGUUGCGGUGAUGUCCAAUGUUUCUGCUCAAUCGAGCUGCACAGAUGUUCUAAUGAGUAUGGCUCCAUGUCUCGGCUACAUUACUGGAAACUCUUCUUCUCCUUCUCAACAAUGCUGCAGUCAGUUGGCUCAUGUUGUAAGGUCUUCUGGUGAGUGUUUGUGUGAACUUCUCAAAGGUGGAGCCCCUCAUCUUGGGAUCAAUUUUAAUCAAACACAGGCUUUUGCUUUGCCUAAAGCUUGUAAUGUUCAAACUCCUCCAGUUAGUAGCUGCAACGGUGGUUCUUCGGUUAAUUCGCCUAUAGGAUCAUCAAACACUUCAGAACAUGGAAAUGGAUCAAAAACAGUUCCAGGACAUAGAUCAUCAUCAUCAUCAUCAUCUCAUGGGAGUACUAUCAAGUUCUCAUUCCCUCUUCUUGCUAUCCUUUCUGCGACUUCCUACAUCACAAUACUGACUUCUUAAAAUCCAUAAAGAUUAUUAUGCUCUCUUUGAAGACGCAUUCUUUUUUUAUUUCUUUUGAAUCUCAGUGUAAUGUGGUGUUGUAUGAUGUACUUGCUCUAUAAAAUCCCUACUUCCGGGGUGAUAUCGGUUUGUAGCUACAAAUAGUGUCUUGUAUCUGUUUGCUUUAUGAAUAAGUAUUGCUCUC